UUGGCACUCUUUCUUUUUUCUUGUCUUUGAGGAUGAUGCUUCGCGCGCCAAGCAGUUCGCUGGCAGAAACGGCGACGGGAGCAGUGGUCGCAGCGCAUUCAGCUGCCGUGGCCGCCUGCUCAACCACCGUCACCACUACAACCACUACCACGACUGCCACUGCUGCUAUGACUGCAGUGCACCCAUCCCCAUCGACGGCGAGUCUGACAGCUCAUCAACAUCAAGCACGACGAGCCGCGUCGAGCAGCGCUGCGCGUGUGCCGCACAUGGCGAUCGCAGCGCAGCCAUCGUCGCCCUCUGCCAGUCCUCCGCAUGCAGGCGCGGCACGUAUGCAUUCCACGCGUGCUGCUCGAGGCGCAGACACGACGAGCGGCCGGGCGGCAGUCUUUGGCUCGGUGCUUGAACGCGCGGGCUCCACUGCCAAGACUUGCUCGCCGUUCGCGUCUUCCCGCGGCUUCCACACAAGUGCAGCUCCGCUUGCUGCCAGCAAAGACUUGUACGCCACCCUCGGAGUAUCCAAGACAGCUACAGUGUCGGAAAUCAAGAAGGCAUAUUAUCAGCUGGCCAAAAAGUACCACCCCGACACCAAUAAGACGGACAAGGACGCAGCAAAAAAGUUCUCCGAGAUUAGCGAGGCGUACGAGACCCUCUCGGAUGAAACCAAGCGCCAGCGCUACGACACAUACGGCACGACCGGUGAUAACCAGUUUGGAGGAGGCGGUAGCGGCGGCUUUGAUCCGAACAGCGACAUCUUCCACCACUUCCAAGAUAUUUUCCGUCAAUUUGAGCAAGGUGGCGGCGGCGGUGCGUUCGGUGCCGGCACUCGCGGCGGAAAGCGCCGAGGCAGCGAUGUUCGCAUUGGGUUGGAAGUGUCCUUCAUGGAUGCGAUUGAUGGCACGACAAAGACGAUCGACUUUCCGACCGUCACUGCCUGUACUCCUUGCAAUGGUACUGGCUCGAGCACGGGCAAGACAACUCGCUGCCCGAGCUGUCGUGGUACCGGCAUGGAAACUGUCUCAACUGGCAUGUUUGCCAUGCAAACCACGUGCCGGAAAUGCAGCGGCGCGGGCCAGGUGGUGCAGGAUCCUUGCAAGUCUUGCCACGGUCAAGGAUCGGUCGAGUCGCACCGGAAGCUCGAUAUCAAAAUUCCACCAGGUUCUGACCACAACCAGUCUAUUCGUGUCCCAGGAGCUGGCGAGGCUGGCACGAAAGGCGGCGCAACGGGUGAUCUCUGGGUUGUGCUUCAGGUGGGAUCGCAUCCUUCCUUGGAGCGUCAAGGACCGCACAUUAUCUCUCAGGUUGAAAUCGGAUUGAGUCAGGCUCUGCUUGGAGGAACCGUGCCCAUUCAAGGCCUCCGCUCCAAGUUUACGCUUACGAUCCCACCGAAAAUUGCAGAUGGUACCAUGUUGCGCAUGCGUCGUCUCGGUGUCAAGACAGAAGACGGACAGGGCGAUCACCUCGUUUCUGUUCGCUUGAAAUUGCCACGAAACUUGACAGAGCUGCAAAAGGCUGCGCUCAUUCAGUUUGCCAAGGACGAAAAGUACACUGGCACCGUCAACGGCGUCGAAGACGCGUCCGCAUCGUCAACGUCGUCCUCCAACGCCAGCUCUGCGUCCGACAACAGUGGCAAGACCAUUCUUGACAAGUUUAAAGAAACCUUCUUCACCGACAAGGACGCCAAAGACGAGAGUGACAAAAAGGCAACGGGCUCGGGGUAGAACAUUGUUGCGUCAAGAAACGGCGAGGUUUGGGCCGGGUUUGCUCUUUGGUGCCACAUCGCACCGGGUAGAUAAUUAUUGAACGGUUUGUGCUGUGUUCUUUGAAUAAAUCAGUCGCUUCAACGAAGCAAGGGCAA